AUGGCUGCAGCACUGGUUGUUGCUAUGCCAGCUAAGUUGUUCACCAAUCGAGAUGUUGAUACUACUACAUAUGAUAAUCUGUAUCUCUUCGCUCAGUACUCCGCAGCCGCAUACUGCUCGAACAACGUCGAUACCACUAGUACAGGUGAUUCGAUUACUUGCUCAGCUGAUAACUGUCCUCAGGUACAGUCGGCGACGACUAAGACUCUAUACGAAUUUGACGAAUCAAACGACUAUGGAGAUACAGCCGGAUUCCUCGUUGUAGAUGAAACCAACGACUUAAUUGUCUUGUCGUUCCGAGGAAGCACGGAUAUCAGCAACUGGGUUGCCAAUCUGGACUUCGUCUUCAAUGAUGACAGUGGGCUUUGUACCGGAUGUGAUGUGCACAGUGGCUUCUGGAAAGCCUGGGAAACUGUUGCAGAUGAUGUCACGGCUAAAAUCGAUUCUGCACAGAGCACAUAUCCAGGCUAUCAGCUUGUGGUUACGGGCCAUAGUCUGGGUGGUGCGCUUGCUGCUUUGGCGGGAACAGCACUUCGCAAUGCUGGAUAUACACUGGACUUGUAUACCUAUGGUCAACCGCGUGUAGGCAAUGAUGCUUUGGCCGAGUAUAUGACCAGCCAGGGUAGUCUCUGGCGGACUACCCACACAGACGAUAUUGUUCCUCGUAUUCCUCCGGAGCUUUUUGGCUACGCUCACGCUAGUCCGGAAUACUGGAUUACCAGUGCUGAUGAUGUGACUGUGACUGAUGCUGAUAUCGAGGAAGUCGUGGGUGUGAACUCUAAUGAUGGCAAUGCGGGAGAAUCAGACGAGAGUAUCUCUGCACACAAGUGCGGACCCCAGAGUCCGCGCCGUCGCAAUCGCAUCAAAGCUAUCCUAAUCACAAUCGGAAUCGUUCUCGCAUUAUACUUCCUCUUCUUCGCGGGCCCCGAGUCGCCCACCAAAGCUGUCAACAAUGACCGACCAAGCUAUGCGCAACGUCCCACUCCGAAACCCAAGAUCGACCCCAUAGACGAGCAGGCUCGCCCCGCAAUACGAAAACGCAAGGAUAUGAUCGUGGCCAGUAUGAAGAAUGACGACACCACCUGGCUGGCUGAGUACUUCCCGGACUGGUCACGGAGCAUCUACGUGGUCGACGACAAGAAGGCCCCGUUGACCGUGGCUAAGAACAAGGGACGGGAGUCGAUGGUAUACUUGACCUACAUCAUCGAUAACUACGAGAACCUCCCUGACAUCAUGUUGUUCAUCCACUCAUUGCGCUAUCAAUGGCACAAUGACGACCCGUACUACGAUGGAGUCCCCAUGCUCCGUAAUUUCCAGGUCCCUUAUUUACAAAAGAUGGGAUAUGUCAAUCUGCGCUGCGUCUGGACACUUGGUUGUCCCGUGGAAAUCCACCCGUCGACAGAUACACACCGUGACGAUGUCCACGCGGGCGAGUACUUCAAGACUGGAUUCAUGGAGCUAUUCCCGGAUGAGCCUAUACCCAAAGAAGUGGGUGUAUCAUGCUGCGCGCAGUUCGGCGUUACUCGCGACACAGUCCUCACAAGGCCGAAGAGCGACUAUGAGCGGUUCCGAGUCUGGCUCUCGAACACGAGUCUAGGAGAUGAUUUGAGUGGUCGGAUCAUGGAGUACUCAUGGCAUAUGAUAUUCGGUCAACCACCUGUUCAUUGCCCCGCCGCUGGCGAUUGCUAUUGUAAUGUUUUCGGACUGUGCAACUUAAAUUGCCCUAAUGAUGCCGUAUGCGAUAAUCGUUAUGUGCUGCCGCCCUUCUCUUCACUACCGAAGGGUUGGCCUUUCCUCGGAUGGAAAGGCCAGGAACAAGAUCCAACGUAUGGACUUCCUGAGACAUGA